AUGUCCAUCACAGGCAUCGCCAUUGACGACAGCUGCAUCCAGGCUUGGGAAGAAAUCAAGAUCAAGCACCUCUACCGUUAUAUCAUCUUCGACUUCACAAAGGAUCUUAAGAAGGUUAUCGUUUCCAAGAAGGCUGACCGCAAUGCUACAUAUGAUGAUUUCCUUGAUGAUCUCCCACCAAAGGAUGUUCGCUAUGCAGUUUACGAUUAUGAUUUCAAGGCUGAUGAUGGCACAGACCGUAACAAGCUUGUUUUCGUUGUUUGGGGCCCAGACGCUGCUCCAGCUCGUAGGAAGAUGAUCAUCACCGGCACAAAGGCUGGUCUCAAGGCUGCCCUCUCUGGCAUCUCCAUGGAGUUCCAGGCCAACGAUGACUCUGAUAUCCAGGAGUCUGAAAUGAGAGCUAAGUGCGUUUCUUCUGCAUACUAA